CCCAGUCCCUGCGUCUGCUCCCGUCGGUUGCACCACACGCGCCCGCGCCGGUUCAGACGACUAGCAAAACUCCGGAAACGCGCGUGGACGCUUGCGGGUUCAGGCCGCGGGCAUCCCAACACGCAGCCAUCAUGGUCUGCCCCUCUCCGCCUGGCGCUUCUCAUCGCCCGUGCUGAAACAUUUCGAGGCCAAGCGAACGCCGCCUCCCAGCCCAUGGCGCUGCACGUGACUGUGGGGUAGCCGAAAAUUGACCUUCACGCCAAGCCUGUUGCCAAUCGUGUUCGACUACGACAUUUCCACCAGCCAGACGUCAUCAUGGCCGACGACGCCGAAGACGUGGGCAUCGACCUCUUCCAGGAGCCCGAGGGCUUCUACCAACCAGAGAAGGAGCCCACCUUUGCGUCACACACCCUCCUGUCUGGGAAGGAGCUCAACAUCAGAUUAGUCGGCCAUAAUCCACUGUGGGGCCACUUUCUUUGGAAUGCCGGUCGAACACUUUCAGAUUAUCUAGAGGAGCGCGCAGAGUACCUCAUAAAGGGUAAAAGCGUGCUCGAGCUCGGUGCAGGCGCUGGGCUGCCUAGCAUUGUGUGCGCUCUCAGCGGAGCCAACGAGGUCGUCGUGACCGACUACCCAGACGCCGAGCUUGUUGAAAACCUACGGUACAAUGUUGACCACUGUAAUGCACUGCCCGAGCAAGUCAAAUUCGCAGCUGAGGGGUAUCUGUGGGGCGCACCGACGGAUGAGCUGACCAAGAACCUUUCCGACAGCAGCGGGUUCGAUGUGCUUAUCCUCGCUGAUCUCCUGUUCAACCACUCAGAGCACGCCAAACUUGUCAAGACCGUACAGCUUAUGCUCAAGAAAUCGCCAGACUCUCGUGCCUUCGUUUUCUUCACACCGUACCGCCCAUGGCUGCUUGAGAAGGACUUAGCCUUCUUCGACUUAGCUCGGAAGUCGGGCUUUGUUGUCAAUAAGACUUUCGAAAAGGUCAUGGACAAGGUUAUGUUCGAGAAGGAUCCAGGCGACGAGUUAUUACGCCGGACAGUCUAUGGAUACGAGCUGACUUGGCCAUCAUGACAUGGGCUUGUAUUGCGAGCCUAAAAGACUGCCUCAUCCAUCAAGACAUGCCCAUGCUCCGAUUCACAUCCUGCAUUUAUCUAAGACAUGGUCUUCAAUAUAGUCAGUCUACGCUAUGGUACGAAACCAACAAGCCUUUUGGAACGGCCCCCAACCGAAGCCAGGUAUCCCGCACAGCUUUGUUCUCUAACCAUAGAAAUUGAAAUCACGACUUAUACGCUGACAAUGUAGUCAACACAACCUUCACCCAACGAUUCGUGAUGC